AUGGCGCACCAGAGGUCAUCCAGCCUCACCAGCGGCCGACACAACGGCCCGCGGCCACACCCGCUCUGCCUAGAGCCCUCCGACCUCACCCCGCCCUCCCGCAGCGGCAGCGCGCGCUCGCUGCUCGCCCUCGGCUGCCACAGCAGCAGCGGCGGCGGCGGCGGCGCCAGGGCCGCCCCCGACGCGGACUCGGACGGCGACGGCGGCGGCGAAAAGGCCGGGCCGCCCGCGGCGCUGGAGGCAGCCUAUCGGAAAGCGCACGCGCGGCUGGUGCCGCUGUUCAUGGUAAUCGUCGGUUUCAAUUACAUUGACCGGACGAGCGUGGCGUUUGCGGGCAUCCAGAUGACUAAGGACCUGGGCUUUGGGCCCGCGGUGUUUGGCACGGGGUCGGGGCUCUUUUUCCUGUCAUACUGCGCGAUGCAGAUCCCCGCCAACCUGAUGUGCGUCCGCCUGGGUGUCACCCGCUGGUUUACCCUCAUAAUGCUCGCCUGGGGCGCCGCCGCCGCCGCCUUCACCGCCGUCCGCACGGCCCCCCAGUUCUACGCGCUGCGUCUCGUCCUGGGCGCGGCGGAGGCGGGGACGUUCCCUGGGGCAUGGCACGCGCUGUCCCUCUGGCUGCCGCCGGACAGGGUGGCCUACCCCUUUGCGCUGCUCGGCGCGGCGGUCGCCAUCAGCCAGGCGCUCGCCGCGCCGCUGUCGGCCCUCCUGCUCAGCCUCGACGGCGCCUGGGGCCUCCGCGGCUGGCAGUGGGUCUUCCUCGGAGAGGCACUGCCCAGCAUGGCCCUGGCCUGCGCGCUGCCCUGGCUGCUGCCGGACGGGCCCCACCAGCGUGGCGGCCGUGGCCUCGGCUUCCUCACGCCAGAGGAGCUGGACCUGCUGCGGGCAGAUCAUGCGCUGCGCACGGCGCCCGCACCGGCGCUGCUGCCGCCCGCCAGCGGCGGCCUGAAGCCGGCAGCUGCGCCGCCGGCACCGCCUGCUGGCGCGCUGCGCACGCUGCUGCGGGUGCUGGGGAUCUGGCAGCUCUGGGGACUGGCGCUGUGCAACAUCUUGAAGGGUGCGUAA